ACUCUCCUCCAUUCCACACUCUCGUGCCGUGCGCCAUUCCUCCCAGUAUUCUUCACCCAACAAGGUUCGAGAUACCAUCAACACUCACGUACGCGCUGGAUCACACCUUGACCAUCACUACGAUAUCACCCCGCCGUCCUCCCUAGACGAGAGAGGAUGCGCCGAGGCCACGAUGCGGGACAUCUCACCAUGCGCCUCGUCCAUUCCGCCCUCGCUCUCGUCGCCCUGCUACCGACCUUGACCGCCGCCCAGUUCCCCUCCACCUCGGUCAAUCUCACCACAAUCACCUCGCCUGUAGACGGAAAUGUCACCAUUCGCUACAAGAUCCCCGACGGCGCCUGCAAGACGGCAUACGACUCCCAGCAGCAGUACACCGGAUGGGUCAGCGUCCCGGGGCCCUUCCCGGCCAACAUGUUCUUCUGGUUCAUCGGUGCCCGCGAACCCACCAACGCCAUGACCAUCUGGCUUAACGGCGGCCCCGGUGUCAGCUCGCUGUUUGGCAUGUUCACUGAGGUCGGUCCCUGCGAGGUUGUCGAGAAGGGGCUGGAUCAGUACGAGACUGUUGCACGGGAAUGGGGCUGGGACCGCGCUUCCAACAUGCUCUUCAUUGACCAGCCUAACCAAGUCGGCUUCUCGUACGAUAUUGCGACCAACGGCUCUAUGGACCUUUUCAAUGCGAACCAGUCGAGCCCGCCGCAGCCGCUCCCCAGAAGCCAGCCGCCCGCGACCUUCCUCAACGGAACCUUCAGCUCCUUGAACGUCAACAACACAGCAAACACCACUGAGACGGCCGCCAUCGCCGUGUGGCAUAUGCUUCAGGGCUUCUUAGGCGCCUUUCCCCAGUACAACCCUCCUAACAACAGCUCCCUGGGCAUCAACCUUUUUGCCGAGAGCUACGGCGGGAAGUAUGGCCCCGUCUUCUCUGACGUCUGGGAGAGGCAGAAUGAGAAACGCCAAAACAGCUCCUUGUUCGCCAACACCACGCUCGAGGUCCAUCUGACGUCUCUGGGCAUCGUCAAUGGCUGCAUCGACGACCAGGUCCAGGCCCCCUACUACCCAGCCAUGGCCACCAACAACACGUACGGCUUCAAGGCCAUCACCGACGUCCGCGCAACCAUGGCGAAUGGCACUCUGUACGCUCGGGGCGGCUGUUUCGACUUGAUUCAACAGUGUCGCACAGCCGAAUCCGUCUACGACGCCAACAACACGGGCGGGGUUGGCACAGUCAACGACUUGUGUUCGCGGGCGUACACGACGUGCAACGAUAAUGUCGUGGCACCAUAUGCCGAGUCCGGUCGGAGCUGGUACGACAUCGCGCGCCAGAACCCGGACUCGUUCCCGCCGAACACGUACCUCGAGUACGUAAACACGGCCGCCUUCCAGCAGUCCAUCGGGUCCACUGUCAACUUUACCAUGACAAGCCAGGCCGUCCUCUCGGCCUUCCAGACGACCGGCGACCACAUGAGGGGGCCCCUGAUCCCGAAGCUGGCCGGCCUCCUCCAGCGCGGCAUUCGGGUCGCCCUCAUUUACGGCGACCGCGACUACGUCUGCAACUGGCUCGGCGGCGAGGCCGCGUCGGCCGACCUCGCCUGGCAGACUGGCGCUCUCUACGGCCGCAACUUCACGGCCGCCGGCUACGCCCCCAUCAUCGUCAACGACUCGUACAUUGGUGGCGUCGUCCGCCAAUUCGGGAACCUGUCCUUCAGCCGUAUUUACCAGGCCGGCCACUCGGUGCCCGCCUACCAGCCGGAAACCGCGUUCCAGGUCUUUGCCCGUGUCAUCAUGGGCACCUCCAUCUCGACCGGCGACCGCGUCGACCUGGCCAGCUUUAACACCUCGGGCGACGCCCACGCGACCCAUACGGACAAGCUGCCCAGAUCGCCCGACCCUACGUGCUGGCUGCGGUACAUGCAAGGGUCCUGCAGCGACGACCAGGUCGGCAUGCUUCGGCGCGGCGAGGGCGCCGUCAUCAACGGCGUGCUGUACAGCGCCUCGAGCGACUGGCCCCUAGCCACGCAGGCCCCGACGUCGACGCAGCCGGCCACCUCAUCGUCGUCGACGGUGCUGACAGGGCUCUUCACCGCGACGACGACUCCCAAGAGCGCCGGCACCGUCGCUCGACCGAGAAACUCCUUUGCGACGUUUGCCGCCUUAAUGGCUGGUGCCGUUUGUGUUGGCAUCGGCAGUUUGUAAUAAUGAUUAUACUACUAAAAGAUGAACGGGAAGAGCCCGUGUGCAUCUUGUGACAGCAUCACGCGCAUAUAGAAAGAGCGAGCAAGGGGCAUUCGGUCGGGUACACUGGGUUGGCGUUCUUUGGCAUGUUAUUGGAAAAAGAAACUACGAAGAGAACGAAAGAGGGGAAAAAAGGAGGGGGAAGCACUGCAGAGAUGUGCUGGGCGUGUUGGCUGAUUACCUUAAUGAUACCCCCAAACCUUAAUGAUAGCCGUAACUGGCAACGGUUCUGCGUCCUUGGAUACCACAACAUCUCUUUGCACACGCAAGUGUGUGAAUGUAGGUCUACCGUGGGAGGGCGGACGAAAGCGCUGCUGGCACUCAGGGCGUAGGUUAAAACCGCAAGCAGCUGCUUCACUCGAGGGUCUCAAACUCCCCCGCCGGAGCCUAAUGCGUAUAGAGCGUCAGCCAGGGCAUGAUGGCGAAACGUAAUACGCUGAAAGGACACAGAAAACGAUCAAAACAAGAGAAGGCUGUUGGCAUUGCUUGUUGAUUUUAAUGCCCGGGAGGGCACCGUGAGGAAGCGUCACAUUGGCAACAAGCGGCAAACAAGU